AUGUCUGAAAGCGAAAUCAAUGGUUCCGAAGAGGAUUUCAAUCAGAUGACAUAUGUCUCUGAAUAUGUCUCCGAUCUAAGUAGUUCUAAAGAUAAAGACUAUGGGCCUAAACAUGAUGUGGCCACUCCCUCCACUUCGACUGCACAUUCUGGCAGUGAUGACGAAAUGGAAGAUCAGGAAUACCGGGAAGUUUUUUCACCAGAAGAACCUCAACCUUUUCCCUUUCCUUUUCGUGAGGUAUCUGGCCCAAAAAAUAUGCCUCCUCCCGAUUCUCCUCCGAUCGCAUAUUUCUAUCUGUUUUUCAAUAGUACGUUGCUGUCUAUUAUGGUGGAUGAAACCAACCGGUAUGCGCACCAAGUCUUAAAUCGUAUGGGGAAUAACGUACCGUCUUGUUUGAAGAACUGGACCAAAGUCUCUGUUCCAGAGAUGAAAGGAUUUCUGGCAUGUAUUUUAAAUGUAGGUCGCAUGGAAUCAUCAGAUCAAUCUAUAUACUGGUGCACUUCUCCCAUCCAAUCCGAUUCGUGGUUUCGGGAAAUGUUUUCUAAACAGCGGUUUUAUGAAUUGUUAACUUUCUUUCAUCUCGUGGAUGACAGCAAGUUGCCUGAUCGUGGAGUACCGGGUUAUAAUCCCUGUGCCAAAUUCCAGCCUCUGUUGGAUCAUACAAACAGAGUCUUCCAAAACUAUUACACACCGCACCAAGAAAUAUCUGUUGACAAAAUUAAUGUGGGUUUCAAAUUCUGGAUGAUGAUCGACUCGGUAUCUAGCUAUUGUUUGGGAUUUUUCGCUUUUGAACCGUCCAAGUCUCUGCAGGAGGAUCGCAGCAACUCAGAAUUAGGUUUAGGCUAUACUGUUGUGCAAAAACUGCUAGAGAUUGGUAUGUAUGUGAACAAAGGGUACCAUUUUUUCAUCGAAAGGUGUUUCAUGUCGGUGCCCAUAGUUCGCCGUCUGUAUUCUUUGCAGACUUACGUCACCGGAACUGUUCGGGGGGACCACAAAUUGCUACCCCAACAGUUUAAGAAGAAAUUUGCAGCCGGAGAAACAUCGUAUUUCCGAUCUGGUCCCGUGUUAGCUUGCGGCUUUAAAGAGAGGCAGUCACAAAAGAAGCCCAUCUUUAUAUUAUCCAGCCACGCAUGGGCACGAAAUGUAGAAGUAAUUAGAAAUGGAAAGGCUAAAAUGAAGCCAGAAAUAAUUCAAAAUUAUAACAAAUUUAUGAGCGGUGUCGAUAUAUCCGAUAUGGUGUUAUAUUCAUCUUAUGAUAAAAGUAAAUCAAUGAAGUAUUGGAAGAAUUUAGCGUUCAACGUCAUAGCCAGGAUGGCGUUGAACAGCUUUAUUCUUUACAAAGAGAAUUUUGCGGGACCAGGGAAACGGAAAUCUCGACACGCGUAUCACGUGGCCGUAAUAGAGAGCUUGGCAGAGGAGUGGAUGACUAAAAACAAGAAGAAGGAGGCGAUCACGAACUGUUUGCACAAAUUGUAAGGAGGGGCUACAUGAAGAAUGAUUCUCUAUGCGUAAAUGCUAACAACAAACGGUAUAUGCACAGUUUAAUAUAAUUCUGUAUUAAAGACCUAUGAAUGCAUAAAUUUCACAACAAAUUGUACAAAACGAUAUUCAUUUACGUACAGAUUUGGUCCUUGACGAUUGGAUUUUGUAUUUUGAAAUAUAAUUCUACAGUGAUAUUGAUUGACAUACGUUUGACGUCAUCAGAGUGGGCUACUAGAGAAGAAGAUAAAGAUGUGUUAUAAUUUUGUAACGAAUAAGACUGUAUACAUGCAUCUUAUAUGGAAAUGUACAGAACAAUGUUUUCACUGUUCCUAGAAUAAUGCCAAAAAUUUACGGAUUUCAUUUUAUUCGGAAAAUUUUGUUAUAUUAAUGUGUAAAUUUUCAAGUUAUUAAUGUAAGUAAUCACAUGUUGUUAAAGUGACUUUAUAAUAGCAAGAAUUGAAAAAUACUGUACUAAUGACUACUUGUAGUAAUUAUCUGAUAUUUUUUCUACGUCUAUAAUAAAAAUUAAUUUUAU